AUGGCCCUGGGGGCCCUGGUGGACAAAGGGCAGAGGACCUGGUACUACGUUUCUCAAGGCCAUGGGUUCGGGCUGACGGGCCCUCCAUCGCUCCACCUGCCCCCAGAGGGCUCACGAGGAAGACGCAAUGCCCAUGACGUUCCGUGUGCCCUGUGCCGGCAAUGCCACUGCCUUCUGUCUGCCUGCAGGUCCCUGGCCCUGGGCCAGCAGUACACCUCUCUGGGCUCGCAGCCCCUGCUCUGCGGCUCCAUCCCAGGCCUGGUCCCCAAGCAGCUGCGCUUCUGCCGCAAUUACAUCGAGAUCAUGCCCAGCGUGGCCGAGGGCGUGAAGCUGGGCAUCCAGGAGUGCCAGCACCAGUUCCGGGGCCGCCGCUGGAACUGCACCACCAUAGACGACAGCCUGGCCAUCUUCGGGCCCGUCCUAGACAAAGCCACCCGCGAGUCGGCCUUCGUGCACGCCAUCGCCUCUGCCGGCGUGGCCUUCGCCGUCACGCGCUCCUGUGCCGAGGGCACCUCCACCAUCUGCGGCUGCGACUCGCAUCACAAGGGGCCGCCAGGCGAGGGCUGGAAGUGGGGCGGCUGCAGCGAGGACGCCGACUUCGGGGUGCUCGUGUCCCGGGAGUUCGCGGACGCGCGCGAGAACAGGCCGGACGCGCGCUCGGCCAUGAACAAGCACAACAACGAGGCGGGCCGCACGACCAUCCUGGACCACAUGCACCUCAAGUGCAAGUGCCACGGGCUGUCAGGCAGCUGCGAGGUCAAGACCUGCUGGUGGGCCCAGCCCGACUUCCGCGCCAUCGGCGACUUCCUCAAGGACAAGUACGACAGCGCCUCCGAGAUGGUGGUGGAGAAGCACCGCGAAUCCCGCGGCUGGGUGGAGACCCUCCGCGCCAAGUACGCGCUCUUCAAGCCGCCCACCGAGAGGGACCUGGUCUACUACGAGAACUCCCCCAACUUCUGCGAGCCCAACCCCGAGACGGGCUCCUUUGGCACCAGGGACCGGACUUGCAAUGUCACCUCCCAUGGCAUCGAUGGCUGCGACCUGCUCUGCUGUGGCCGCGGCCACAACACGAGGACGGAGAAGCGGAAGGAGAAAUGUCACUGCAUCUUCCACUGGUGCUGCUACGUGAGCUGUCAGGAGUGCAUCCGCAUCUACGAUGUACACACCUGCAAGUAGGGAGCCAGGGCAGUGGGAACGGGUGAAGUGUGUGGCUGGGCAGAUUCACCGAAGUCCCAUGGGAAGCAGGACCUGGAGCCGGGCUCAGCCCU